AUGGAACCUAUUCAUGACCCUGCAGCUGAAACCUGCCCUAGCAACCACCAGAACAUCCUCAUCCAGCUUGGGACGAAAGGGAAACUUAACGAGGGUUCUCCUGAAGAAUCUAAUGAGUCUCCUCUCUCUUCUCCAUCUAUUGACUCUGAUCAGCAAACCUACCCUGAAGGUGGCCUGCAAGCAUGGCUAGUGGUUUUCGGCGCAUUCUGUGCCCUCGGUGCCGUCUUUGGCAUCAUCAACACAAGUGCCGUUUUCGAGUCACAUCUCAAGGAACACCAGCUUAGUGAAUAUGGCGAAUCCCAGAUCGGGUGGAUAUUUAGCCUAUAUCUCUUCCUGGUGUUCUUCAUUGGGAUCCAGGUCGGACCUAUCUUCGACACUUACGGACCACGCCUCCUUGUGCUCACAGGGAGCCUGCUAAUGGUGGCAAGCUUGAUGUUCCUGAGCAUCUCGACAGAAUACUAUCAAAUUAUCAUGACCUACUCUGUCAUGGGCGGCAUUGGUGGAGCACUCCUCUACUGCCCGGCGUACGGCGCAAUAGCUCAUUUCUUCAAUGCUAAACGAGGCCUCGCAACUGGCAUUGCGACGACCGCUGGGGGAAUUGGGGGCAUCGUAUUUCCCCUUAUGCUUCAACCCCUCCUGGGAAAGGACGGAGUUGGCUUCGCCUGGAGCUGUCGCAUCCUUGGCUUUGUCAUCCUAUUUCUCUGCGUCAUCGCUAACCUUUUCAUCCGAAGCCGUCUCAGUUCUGAACGCAGACCAAGAAAAUGCUCCGUCUGGCCGGAUUUCAGUAUCCUUCGCCACAGAGGGUUUGCCUGCGCAGCUGUCGGAGUGUUCUUUACAGAAUGGGGACUGUUCGUGCCUCUGACCUACAUCAUCUCCUAUGCCCAGAGCCAUGGAAACGGAGGCAUAGAGAGCUCCAUCUUGCUUGCAUCUCUUAAUGCUGGUUCGGUUCUGGGGCGCUUUCUCCCAGGACUUCUGGCUGAUUACGUCGGCCGGUUCAACGUUAUAAUCGGUACCCUUUCACUAUGUGUCAUCACCCUUCUGGGUAUGUGGCUUCCGGCUGGUAACUCCAAGUCAUUGCUUUUCGCAUUCUGUACACUAUUCGGGUUCGCAAGUGGAAGUAAUCUGGGCCUAAUACCUGUAUGCAUUGGUCAGUUUUGCGACUGUCGUAAUUAUGGGCGGUAUAUCACAGUAGCAAACAUGAUUGCUAGUUUUGGCACGCUGACGAGUGUUCCAAUUGGAGGGGCUAUGCUUGGCUUGGGUGGGAGCACGGGUUGGACGGGGCUUAUCCUCUUCUCGGCUAUUGCGUAUGUGAUGGCACUGUCUUGCUUUGUCUGCGCUAGGGUUUCUUCGACUGGAUGGAAGUUAUGGAAGAGAUUCUGA